AUGUACACAAUAAAGCAGAAGACAUCUUCAUCGCCGACACAGCAAACCGAUAUUCCCGUAUUGAAUUGCAACGAUCCAUACCGUCAACCUGGUUAUCUUUACAUCCCAGCUGAUAUAAACGGUACCGACCAAUACAAAAAGACACAAUGGAUCCCCUUCACCGACGAUUUGCUCGAGGCUGAAUCGCCCGAUUACGCUGUCUAUCCUGCCGCCGGCGAGGUCAUAUUUAAUGCAACCGAACCCGAGCCUGACUUUGUCAAGCAUCCCUCCACACCACGACAAUGGCUACCCGAGGCCAUCGCCGAGAGCGUCCGUCGAAAGAAGGCUAUAAACGCCAACGCCGACACCAAGGCUGACACCUAUGCUUCCAUGAAGAACGACGGCGAAUUCGGCUGGCUCUGGGGUCGUCGCAUUGUCCUGUUCAGCGACUCUGUCGAUCGAUUCAUGAUGCAGUUCUUCUGCAGCGAGUUCAAGCAUAACAUGAAGCAGCCCAAGGCCCAUACUAUCGCCAGCUGCAGCAUCCCCGAGUUCAACCUGACUUUUGUCCACUGGCACUUUGCUGGUUCCAUGACGUACCGCCCGGACUGGUGGUGGAUGGAUGACAUGGAGGAAAUCGCUUUUGAGGAGCGCUGGGAUAAAUACUGGACACCCAUGUACGACCAAGUUCGCGGUCCCAACAACAGGCCAGACCUGAUUCUCUGGCAGAACGGCCUCUGGGACCAGCGCGCUUUCUGGGAAGCUGGUGAAGCGAACCACGAGAAGGAUGUAUAUCCUAUGGGAUCGCGCGAGCGUCAGUUGGUCUGGCAAGAAGUGCGUUUCGCUGCCGCACGCAUUCGUGACUUUGUCAAGCGCAUCUCCACGGAAUUCGGCGAUGCACCGACCAUGUUUCGCAGCAUGACAAUUCACCGCGUCAGCGACGCCAGAGAUGGAUCUAUCUACGAUCUCGAGCGAUUAUCCCGUGCGAUUGCGGCCAAGGCUGGACACGAAGUGUUUGAAUGGGGACGCAUGAUUGCUUCACUUUCAAUGCUGUACAAGGACCAGACACACCCGGGACGAGGACCAGCGAGUUGGCUUUGGGGCAAUAUGGUUCUUGAGUAUCUCGCCCGCGUGGGUGAAGCGGGAGAUGAGAGAAGAAAGCCUUACUUUGAUGGAUGGGACAAGUGCCAUUCCGAGUUGGUAAGCUGGGGCGGACGAUAG